GAUACAUGGUGAUGCUAAUAAUGGGUUUCAAAGCCACUGAAUGAUCAAUAGUUCUACCUGUCUCCAGGCAAUAAGUCCUAGCGCUAAUGACCUGAACGCAGUGUCACACAUCACCAUCGCUCUUGAACUCUGAUCUGUACUGAACUGGCCCUGUCACGCAUCACAUAGGCUGAACAAAUGGUCAUGUCACUACAGUAAUCUAUGUCUCAACUGAGCCUUCGCAUUCUCAGGUUUCCGACUCGCAGCAGAUGGGAAAUUUACGACUGCUAAGGAACUUGUUCCCACCUGCCUGGACAUGGCAGACACUCUUGUGAUAUGCCGCUUCUUCCAUAGAGCAUGGCGUUACAUGGAUGCAUACUGGAAAGGCUUGACCCCGAACCAGGCGGCCUUUGCAAAUAGGCUCUACAGGUCGCACCGCCGUGUGGGAAGCAAGGCGGAGGUUAUGGAAGCAAUGCAGGCUCCCAAAGAACGGAGAAAGGUUGGAAAAUGACACGCGCAGCCUUCUUGCACUCGAAACCACUGUCUUCCGACCUUGGGGGACUUUUUCUCACCUUUGUUUCAAAUUCUUCCCGGAAAUUUUUUAUUUCUCAGAUUUUCGACAAUCUGUUCAGCAAGGCUGUUUCACAACCUCAAUAGAAGUCUAUAUCACUACUUAGAAUCAUGUUUACAAUAAAGCCGACGGUAGAGAUAGAGUUGCGCGUGGCGCCUCUCUCAGUUGUCGGUUUAGCGCUUCUUGCACCAUAGGCUCAGGCUUCAGUACUUCAGUGCCGACCGGAUUGAUCGAGGUUGGGCGCCUAUUUGAAAUUGGAAUCCGGCGGCAGGGGAAACCUGAGUCUUUUGAGUCUAUUCCCUCCAAUGGAAUGUCCAGUUGGCCGACAAUACAUUCGAAGGAGGCAACAUCCGUGCUCAGGAAGGGUAAACAUAGGGAAGAAGCUUCAAUUGAGGUCCAAGUCGCAGACUACCCCGUAGUUGAAUAUGGCGGAUUGACUUCCGCUAAUUUGAAUCACGAAGGGCGUCGUUUGCACUGGACAUUCCUCUCUGAAGAAAGGACAGAAACUGGUCCUUACUCGGGACGCUGUAAAGGUUUUCCCAUCUACGAAAUCUCUUCCUCACAAGUCUACAUUGGGAAUCAAACAGGUGGCGGAGCAAACGAGUCACUUUCUCCGUCUGCACUAUCCGGACGUGGAUCUUCCAUCAGAAGUUAUCAGAGACCACAUAGCAGAAGAUGCUCUCAUCGAGAGGAAAUUAUCAACAUUUGAUCCAUACAUCGGGAAUACAUUGACCACGUUCUCCCGACCGACUGAAAGGGGAGAGUUAGCGUCCUAUGUCGCUUUCCCAAUGGGGGAGACUAGCUCCGAAUUAAACAUUACGCCUCUGUUACACACCAAAGAGCAUGGCAUUACAUUCGUUCCAUCAACCUCUGCUACCUGGGCGUUUCCUAUCCCCAUCUUGCAACUCGUUUCCGAAUCGAGAGGCGCAGAACUAUCUACUACCAGAGCUGCAGGUACUGUGGUUGCUGCUAGGACGUACUCGUCUACAUAUUUUCUCGAGGUUGACAACAAUGGAGAAUCGUCGAAGCCGAUCAAAGGUGAACUUGCCCAGAUAAGACACUCAGAAUCAGGGAAUAGGCGAAUCGUAGAUGUUAUGGUACCUCAAGAAACGCGCGAGACUCCUUCUGCGUUGUUCGUCAAUGAUCAAGGCACUAUAUUUGAAUGCGAGCUCGCGAAGGGCAAAAAGACCGUCCGAACAAUCCUGGCAUCACCUUCACCUGAUCUGAACGAGGACUUCUUUCGUCUAACCCACGGAUCUGAGGAAACCACCCUCUUUCUCCUGACAGGAUCUCGCGUUCAUUUGGCGGACUUACGAACGGCAGACUACGCUCAGGAGAUUCAUUGUCGAAAGUCCAAAGAUGACUUCCUCACAUCUCUAGAUUAUUCGUCAGAUGAUGGUCUGUUACGCGUAUGCUCAACAAGUGAAGUACUUUGGAUUGAUCAACGUCACAGCAAGAAGCCGUUAUUCUCUGUGAAGCAUGGUCGGCGCUUCGAUCGCCACUUGCAAGUGGAUAGUAUGCUAUUCGACGAUCGCCCCUUGACAUUCUUAAAUUCUCGUCGGAAUGGAUUGGUCACCGUCUAUGAUGUUUCACGAGGUGAUGAAUCGUUGGCGCACCUCUUUGUACCCCCAUACACCCUUCCGUCACUGCAGGUGCCGGGCAGCACUCGACCUGGGCAUGCAUUUUUUCGUCAUCCAGAAGACACGAAGGACAAUGUGUGUUUCAUACAGUUGUCAGACCGGGGGAGUGUACACCGAAUGGACUUCCAGUAUUCUUCUACUGCGUCGGGCAGCCCUAUCAUGUGUGACGGAGGUAGUGUGAAAUGGUCUGAAGAUGUGUACGAAUUGGAGAAAGAUCUAGAGAAUCGACAUGCUGAACCCGGACCUAUGGGUGAACGCCGCUAUGAAGAGACUGAUCUUACGGAUGCUUAUACAUCGUUAUUUUGUGGUGAGGAUUCUGGCGACAACCCCAAUGCAACCUACGACGUCCUUGAUACAAUGCCGGUCUUUUGGCAAAAACAAGAAGCGCCCGUAGAGCACAUACUCACGACCUUUGACAUAGCGUUUCGUUCAGGAUCAGAGCCGAGAGAUCCGUCGAGGGACGAUUUCUUCACUGGCACGCCAUUAGACUCGGUCAGAGGCUAUCGAGCCUUGAAGCAGGGUCGUAUUCCUCUCGAGGCGGUUAUCAAACGAUCUUCAUCGCAUUGGAACAUCCUUCCCAUUCUCCGGCAUCUUGUUCCUGAUGUGCAUGAAGACACGGAAGAGCUUCUUCACAGGCUUUCUCGCUAUGAUCUAGCCUCAAGCGAAGAUCGUCCCGCCGCGUCCUUCCGUAGGGAGACUGAAGCUCGCGAACAGCUAGCGUUGGACCUGGCAUUAUCUUCUGACCUUUUCUCUUCUCGGGUAGUCAAGACGGAGGUCGCUGUCCAGGAAGACGACUUCGAAACUGUUUCGCGGGCAACAGAAGCGAUGUCGAUCGGUGUCGCAGAACCCCCUGAGAUGAAAUUUAGGUUCCUGGACCCUAUAUCUUUGGAAGGCGAGGAAAGGGCCAGAAAAUCUGACGAGAAAGCUGCCGAGUCGGAAUCUGGAGGAUUCUUACUACCUUUGGGCGUCAGACUCCUUCUUUCAGACUGGACAAUUGGGACUGACCCUCAGGAGUACAUGUACGUUGAUCCAUACGACGCAUCGACCGCUCCGUCAAUGCAUACUAUGCCCCGAAUGCAGGAGAAGUCCAGAAAGCAGGCACCUCUACCAAGUGCUGCGACCGGCUCUCAAGGAGGGCAACCACAAAGGCCCCCUCCUGUCGUCGCAGGUCCCUCAGCCCCUCCUCCCAUUGCAUCCUCUCAGCUAGUCCAUCCGCCACGCGUUCCAUCAUUACCACAAUCCCAGCAAGUCCCGCCGCGUAUGUUCAAUGGUGCAAGCCAACCAACACAGGCUGGCCCUCCAAUGUCACAAAAUCAUAUGUCUAUGCCAAGUACUCAAGUACUCCCCGGCCCAUAUGGAGGAAGGCCGGAGCCUGUGAAGAAGAAGCCUGCAAAGAAACGAGUCGGCGGUUUUUAGAGUAGAUCAGGUGCUCGAAGUCCAAGUCAUUUGGCUAAUUUACUUUAGGAAUCUAAUUGUAAGUACCACAUAAUACCAAAGUACCACAUUUUGGUUUGUAUCUCAGUAUACGUAGAGUUGUAAAAGAAUUCAUAACUUACAAGUUGUACGAAGAAUGAAUAUUCUUCGGGAGUGAGACGGGAUCUUAUCUUUUUUGCGCGUAA